CAGGGGCAGCUGUUGUGGAGGAAGGGACUUACAGGAUAAGCUGUCAACACAAAAACUGUCUUUACCAGCAGCCAAAGAACCAGAUGGAAUGAGCACCCUUGCUACGCUGACCAACACUUCUCCAUCACCACCACUGCCUGGAUGCAAACACGAAGAGGAAGAAGAGUGUUCUGAGGUACAUAUGUGUGUAUUGUGGUACAGAGGGCAACUGGGGAUCACCUAUUAUGACACAGAAGACUGCUCAGUUUACUUCAUGCCUGACAUGCCUGAUAAUGAGCACCUCAAGCUGCUGCAAAAAGUGAUCGAUGAAGUCUUUCCUCGAUGCAUUGUGACGAGUGCCAAGCAGGACCAUCACUUUGCCAAAUUCCUGACUAACAUCAGUUCUACUGGAGACGAGCAUGUGAAGAAACCAGAAAUUGUCCUCUUUCCCAAUGCAGACUUUGGCCUAGAAGUGAGCAAGCAGCGGAUCCUAUCUAGACAGUUCCCAUUUAUUCCCUCCCAUAUGACUGCAACAGAGAAAAUUCUUUAUUUAUCCUCCAUUAUUCCCUUUGAGAGCCCGCUCAUGGUACGAGCACUAGGUGGGCUGCUGAAGUUUCUUGACAGGAGGCGGGUUGGAGUUGAAUUAGAAGAUAGCACUGUUGGAGUCCCUAUCUUGGCCUUUAAAAAGUUUGUGCUAACAGAUAUUGUGAAUAUGGACCAAGAUACCUACUAUGUCCUUCAGAUAUUUAAAAGUGAGGUGCAUCCUUCUGUGUACAAACUAGCCAGUGGGCUGAAAGAAGGAUUCAGUUUAUAUGGCAUUUUAAACCGCUGCAGAUGCAAGUGGGGAGAGAAACUGCUGCGGCUGUGGCUCAUGCGGCCCACCCGGAACCUGACAGAGCUGAACAAACGGCUAGAUGUUAUCCAGUUCUUCUUGCUGGCUCAGAAUCACGAGACAGUCUUGACCCUUCAAGACUGCCUCAAGAAUAUAAAAAAUGUACCUCUAAUUCUGAGAAGAAUGACUCUUUCCAACACAAAGGUUAGUGACUGGCAGGCACUCUAUAAGACAGCGUAUAGUGCAGUGUGCCUGAGAGACACAUGUCGUUCCUUGCCCAGCACCAUUGAGCUCUUCCAGACAAUCUCACAUGUGUUCACAGAUGACCUGCACUACAUUGCCAGCCUUAUCAGCAAAGUGAUAGAUUUUGAAGGGAGCAUCUCAGAAAAUCGCUUCACUGUCAGACCUAAUGUGGACCCCACCAUCGAUGAAAAGAAACGGAAGCUGAUGGGUCUCUCAGACUUCCUUACAGAGGUAGCCAGAAAGGAACUGGAGACCCUAGACAAUUGUAUACCUUCUUGUUGUGUGAUCUACAUCCCCUUGAUUGGGUUCCUACUCUCCGUUCCACGGCUUCCCACAAUGGUGGACAAGAGUGACUUUGAGAUUGAAGGCCUGGACUUCAUGUUCCUGUCAGAGGAUAAACUGCACUAUAGAAGUGCUAGGACUAAGGAACUAGAUAGCAUGCUAGGAGAUCUGCACUGUGAGAUCAGGGAUCAGGAAACACUUAUUAUGCACCAGCUACAGACAAAGAUCUUGGAGAAGUCUGCAGUGCUCAGCAAUGUUAUUGAAUUCACAGCACAACUAGAUGUGCUAUUAGCUCUGGCAGUGAUGGCUCGAGAAAAUGGCUACUGCCGGCCACGUUUUACCCAAAGCCAUGGCAUCCGCAUCAAGGAUGGCAGGCACCCACUCAUGGAGCUAUGUGCCAAGACUUUUGUGCCCAAUCCUGUGGAGAGUGGAGAAGUUACUGGGCGGGUAAAAAUCCUCACGGGGCCCAAUUCAUCUGGGAAGAGUGUAUACUUAAAGCAGGUAGGUCUUAUAACAUUCAUGGCCUUAAUUGGUAGUUAUGUCCCUGCUUCUGAGGCUGAAAUUGGAGCAGUUGAUGGGAUUUACACCAGAAUCCACAGCAGGGAGUCAGUGUCAUUGGGUCUCUCUACUUUCAUGAUUGAUCUCAACCAGGUUGCCAAAGCAGUGAACAAUGCCACAGCAUGGUCCUUGGUACUUAUUGAUGAGUUUGGCAAAGGGACCAACACAGUGGAUGGCCUUUCUCUUUUGGCUGCUGUGCUGAGGUACUGGAUCAACCAGGGAACCCAAUGCCCACAAGUCUUUGUCUCCACUAAUUUUCACAGCUUAAUGCAGCUGAAACUCCUACCUGACACUCCUCUUGUGCAGUACCUGACCAUGGAGACCCAUCAAGAUGGAGAUGAGCUGGUAUUCUUCUAUCAGCUCAAGGAAGGAGUGUCCACUGUAAGCCAUGCUGCUAAUAUUGCUGCACUGGCUGGGAUGCCACACGAAGUGACUGCACGAGGAGUGGAAGUAUCAGAGCUUAUUCGAAAUGGAAAACCCAUCAGACGUAUUGAACAUCCUUCCCAGAACAACCAGCUGGAGAGAUGCAAAUCUCUAGUGGAAAAAUUCCUUUGCCUAGACCUAGAUGACCCUCAUAUGGAUUUAGAGGAGUUCAUGCAUCAGGAGGUGCUGCCCUCUGCAGCUUCAGUUCUGUAAUAGGUGCAAGCUCAAAAAUAUGGAUGACAUGCUAUAAGCUUCCCUCAUUCGGAAGAAAAAGCUGAAAGGGUGAAAGGGAAGGAACUUAAAAUUUCCCUAUAAGUUUAUAUUAAUGAAAUAUUUUUCCCUUCUUGGCAUUCUUUCCAGCUCCAGAUGAGAAAUCUAAUCCAGUACACAAAGCCAGAUAUUCAGGAUUAUAUGCUUUCAGUUGGAGAUAAAAUAACUUCUGCAAUAGACAUUAAUAUGUCUGUGCCCAAGACUUAUAACCACACCCAAUACUUAACUUUUAUAAGCUUCUGGUAAUACAUAAGGCAUGUUUACUUCCUAUGUUUCAAACAGCUUCUGUAGCUAUAAAUAUGUCUGCUAAAUGAUCUUUUUACCUAAAGAUGUCAGAGCAGAAGGGCUGGUCAUUAGGAAGGCUAAUUUCUGAUCUUCCAGUUAAGGUCUUAAGCAUUUUAUCCCCCUGCCUACACAUCUAUAACAUCCAUGUCUAAUAACCUUAGAGCACAAUUUGAAGCUUAAAAGUUUAUAAGGUUCUUUGAGACGAUCAGACAAAGAGAUCAUAGUUUAGGAUUUACCCCUCCUAGGUUAGCAGUACUGUGAAUGCAAUGUUCAAUCCAUUGUAGUUUAUUGUAUUAUGCUAUGGUAACUCUUAGUUAGUUUAGUAUCAAUAUCAAAAGAUUUCAGUGAAAUAUGCAUCCUACUCUUCAUAAACAGAAAAAAGUAAAACUUGUUGUCAGAGUGUGAAGCACUGAAAUUGAGGCUAAUAAAGAAAAAAAGAGGAUGAUUUCAUCCUCUCUAUGGCUUCUCUUACACCAUCACCCAUCUUCCAAAAAUGGCACUCCCGACAAAGAGAGAUGAUAAACAUGCUAUACACAUGCACUAUAUGCACACUAUAUGCAUGCAUACACACACACUAUAGCUUGCAACUUCUAGGGAAAACCAUAUUCAAGCUCUGAUUAGUGUUGGUCACAUGAGAAGUUAAAUGCUGGCUGCAUCUGAAUUUCUACUGGUUGUUCUUUCACAUAAUAAAAUGACAGACAUGACUUAUCUUAAUAGACAAUCUCUGUUCAGAAGAAGCCAAGUUAAUGAGUGGCUAAAGAACCUCAGUAAUCACAGUGUCUCUGAGGAAAGGGAAUACCUGAAGUAGAUAAGCAUUCAUGGCCUUAAUUGGAAGCUGUUUCUGCAACAGAGGCUAAGACUAGGGCAGUUGAUGGGAUUUACAACAGGAACCACAGCAGGAAGUCAGUGUGUCUACAUCUCUCCUUUGAAUGAUGCAGGUCAAAAUCAGUGUGUGCUGGCAGAAUUGAGUGAGGAUGAGUUCAGCUUGAAGAAAGGGCUCUAUUAUAAGAAUGCAGCUAUGUGGUACAUUAAUACUACUUAAUUUUAGAAACAUACAAAACUAAUAAAAAUCACAAAUGCAAAAAGAAAGGCAGUCAAAUAAUAUAUUAAGUCAAAAUUUUAAUAUCUGUUUUCAAGUUCCAAAUAAAAAUCUAAGAAUAAGGGAAGUUGUACUAGAAUGCAGGUUAACUAGCCUUUGCUUCUAUUUAUGCAUGCUAUUAGCGCAAAAUAUCUUUAGUGCAGACAGUAUCUGAUGAACAUGGAAAUAACAAAUGCUCAGGCAAAGCACUGAGUUAACAGGACAUAUGCAUAGAUAAGUAAACAGGACAUAUGCGUUGAUAAGUAAAACAGAAGUAGGACUGAUCACUAAUUUUCUUCUGUAUAGUUCAGCUGUUAUAUGCAAACAAAACAGUAGAGGCAUUUCCUCUGAGCAAGUUCUCUCACUGACUGCCGAAAGUUGCUAAUACUGUUCACAGUACAGACAACAGAAGACAUGGUGCUACUCUGUCCACUGUGCUGAAUGUGCUUGAAGUUGACGCUUUCAAGGAGCCAAACAUAUGAACAUUACUACAAGUGGAGGAAGGUUUGUAUGGGUCACCCAACAAAAAAAAUCCUGAAAUUUUGUAACUUCAGUAUGAAAUAUUUUAUGCUCUGUUUAGUGUCAAUUGAUAAUGACAAGUAAAAUGGAUCUGACUCAGACUACAUGCACAUCAGUUAAAAUUUUGAUAGUGAGAGGACUCUGUUUGGGCUGCAGGGUAAUAAUUUUUCCCUUAAUGUGUUUUGUGGACUAUAAGACCACAAAAUAAACAACUCAGUUUCAAGGAAAGACAGUGGUGACAAAUGUUUAACACAAAUAUGAAACAAUACAACAAUAAAUUUUACUAUGACAUUGAGUUAUUGCUCUAAUCAGUUGACUUAAAAAGUAGUAUCUGCAAAAUAAUGUCCAGCAACCAUGCAGUUAUCUUGUCAACAUUCUUAAAUCUUAUGUAUACACACCUGUUGGCUUGUUUCAAUAUUACAUCAAACCUUGUAGUCAUAUAUACACUAAUCCAAAAUAAGUUUAAAAUUCUACCCUUCUGAUUUGAUUAUGUAAGAAUUAUCAGAAAAGUUCAACUGUCGCCCAGUAGUUCUAUGAAAUCAACUUAAUAUUUCCAGUUCUGUGGUACUUGUAUUGAAGGAUCUCAAAUUGUCUUACAGAAUUUAUCCAGUAUAUAUCACAAUACUCUGUGAAAUAAGUAAUACAUUGGUAGGGUGAGGCGCUGAGACAAUAUGAGUUGCAAAAGGUCACACAGCAAGUUAAUGGGAGUCAAUUAGGAAUAGAAGCACUGUCUCUUACUACAUAAAUAAUAGACUCAUUACAUUGUAAGUUAGUUACUGUGUACUCAGUGAUGUAUACAAAAGGUGUGGUACUUGGCCAAGGUUCUUUCUGUCUAAGGUUUCAGUUUUAGAAAGGGCUUUUUAGAAAUUGUUAUAUAUAGGCAUAAGUUUUUGAAGGUUCAGGGCCUAAGCAUUAUCAUGCUAUCCUUGUCUAGUCCUGCAGAGGAAUGAAAAGCAUGUUAUUAGCAUUUCAAGGAAGUUUUCAGUGACCUCACUUGCCCCCAAAUUGUCUUACUGGACGAAAAGGGCCAACUGUUUUACACUCCCUUAGUUAUUAACUAAGUUAUUUUGCUUGCAUAAGAAACUAAGAAGUCUUUUAUCACUUGAUUAGCUCAAUAUAAAUGAAGCCCAGUGGUUUAACAGUGGUUUAACAGGGCAACUCUGUGCCCUGGACAGUUUCAGUGCAUGGGGCAGUGCCAGCUGGUGCACUAUUUUUUGCCCUGUUAAACACUAAUUAUAUGACUGAUGCAGUUGCUAUGGCUUUUAUCCUUCUAUCUUGUAUUCCAUUAUAUAAAUGGCCAUCUUUUACCUUUUUCUAACUUUAAAAGAGCAAAGGUUGCUGCCCCCUUUAAGAGAUUUUUGCUUCUCAUGUAAAGUUUUAUUUUACUUUCUUUUCUCUAAGGUUACAACAUUUUAAUUUUGAGAUUUGCUAGACUGUUAGCAUGCUGCAGGGAUUGGGUUAAAUGAUGGCUUCUUCAAGGAAACCCCUUCAAUUUUAACAACUUCUGCCCUGAAUAUAAAUAUAUCCACUGGUUACAUUUUCCAUUAUUUUUGAUCAGCUCUUUCUUUGAAAUGUGCUCUCCCUAUUGUUGCCUCUGUAGAUUUUC